AUUAAAGUGCACAUUACGAGUCAGUGAUUAAGCGUUAGAGAAGACGGUAGCUGCUGUACGCUUUAGUAAAACUUUAUAAUCAUGUAUUACUCGUCAAUAUUCCUUUAUUGUUUUAUUGUAGUGGUCAACUUGUCCUUAUCAGGAGCAAAUCCAGCAUGGAACGCGAUCCUGCCCUUAGAAAGCAAUACGUUAUCACAUAAUGGCAAUACUAUAGUAAAUAUCGGAAAUGGAGUGAACAGAAAUAAUGUGGUUAUAUUAGACCAAGCUGGUACACUAGGUAACAGAUUCGGUGUCGAUACUACGCCAACUGCUAAUCAACCUCAAGCAGGACCAUCGCGUGCAGAUGGGUCCAGAAAAGUUACGUCAAUUUCUAAUGUUGAAAACGGACUUCAAAACAGCAAUACAGUUAUAACAGUAAACGAUGGCCAAAGAACCGUCAUUUCACAAAAUAGCAACUCCGAUAGUCUCAACAACGAUGGCACGAGUUUUGUACUAACCGGAAAUAACGGAUUGGAUUUUUUUAAUGUUGGCUAUGGUUCAGGUAACCAAAAUAAAGUGAUUAUUAAUAAUAAUUAUUAUUAGCGAUACAUUAGCACAGUCAAAAAUACAGGCAGUCAAUUGUUAGCGUCUUCCAGCGUUGACAACCAAUUGAAAAAAUUGCAUAGUUUAAGUGGACAAUUACAAGAAAUUACGACUCAAUUAAUUCAAGAAAUGCACAAGAAUAUAGCACAGCAAUAAAUAUAAUAAUAUACGAGCAAUCACUAUGGAGGAUGUUAUUUUAAGAUCGGUCAGUGAUGCGAUUUAAAAUCCAUACUAAGAGAGGAAAGAUUUGUUUGUUUAUAUGUUUGUAAUCGAUAAACUCUGAAACUAC